AUGGGCGAACAGGAAGAUAUAUCGCUGCCCAAGGCCACGGUGCAAAAAAUCAUCUCUGAAGUACUGGAAAGCGACCUUACGUUUAGCAAGGAGGCUAGAGAGAUUAUAAUAGAGUCCGGGAUCGAGUUCAUCAUGAUCCUGUCGUCAAUGGCUUCGGAAAUGGCUGAUAAAGAGGCGAAAAAGACCAUAGCACCAGACCACGUGAUCAAGGCCUUGGAAGAGCUGGAAUACCACGAGUUCAUUCCGUACCUGGAGCAGAUCCUAGUGGAGCACAAGGAGACGCAGCGUAUCAAGGAGCGCCGCGACGCCAAAUUCAAGAAAUCUGGGCUCUCCGAGGAAGAGUUGCUUCGACAGCAAGAAGAGCUGUUCCGCCAGUCGCGGUCACGUUUCCAACAGACGUCGACUAGCGCUGCGGAUGGCGAACUAGGGAUUUCGGAGGACGCAGCUGGUGAGUCUUCUCCCUCAGAAUCCGUUAAGGCUGAGGAGUAA